GCCGCGUUAGUUCACAUCCUUCAGUGAAGCCAAGCGGUUCUCAGAUUCUCCCGCAGAGGCACGAGGAGCCAGAGGAGGAGAUCAAAGAAGUCCAGCAACAUGUUUAACCUCCGGGGAGCUUCCGUCAGACUCGCUUCCACUCAGACCGUUUGAUUUGGUUGCUCUGCUGGCUCCUCGCGCUCCUUUUCCCUUUUUAACAAGGAAAAGAAAAUUGUAUCUGCUUCAUCUGAUGUAAAAACAUAUCAACAAUCUGCCCCUGACACGUGAAUCAUGUGGACCUCUCAUGAUACCGUUGGAUUGGUUUUCCUUGUCGGAUUUUUUGUUCACUUGGGAUUCUCCUUUGAAGGUCGCUUCACGGACCUGCCCUCCAACACGACGGCUAAAGAAGGACAGAACAUAGAGAUGGCGUGUGCCUUCCAGAGCGGAACCGCCUCCGUGUAUCUGGAGAUCCAGUGGUGGUUCGUGAAAGCUCCGGAGCCCACUGACAGCCAGGAAGAUGUGGAUCCUCAGGAGAUGGAGAUAAUACCGGAGCCUGAUCCUGAUGAUGAGGGAACAAAAAUAAGUACAGUGAAAGUCCAGGGCAACGACAUUUCACACAAACUGCAGAUCUCUAGAGUCAGCAAGAAUGACGAAGGCCUUUACGAGUGCCGGGUGACACGAGCUAACUAUGGAGAGAUAGUGGAGUACAAGGCCCAAGCCUGGCUGAAGGUCAACGCCACAGCCAGACCUCGACGCCCACUGCCCCCGCCCAAGAAGAGCUCCCCGCUGCACCUGACAGACAAAAAGCCAAGAAAGUCCAGCUCACCUGUGGGCCAGGACAACAUGAGCUCAGACCAGAGGGCGGCCUCCACAUCCACCUCUCACACGUCCUCCAAUACAGCAAAACACAACCCCGGCUCAGGAACGAGGAUAUCCAGCCUUGGAGUUGCCGGUCUGAUUCUGGUGUGCGGGUUGGUGGGGGAAGCCUUGCUAUAAUUUACAGAACUGUCUUGGUUUGCUCCCUGAUUCUGACCUACCUGAAGAAAAAAAACGUGCGCUCCCCUCGCCCAGAGCUUCCCGCCACAUGGACAGCACAGUUUGCCCCAAUAGAGUCACAAUUUCUGCUCUUGAAUCUAGCACAUCCUUAUUAGCCUCCAUAGACACCAGUCACCCCUGAGGCAGUCACAUGACCUUUUCUACAGACGUCUAGUCGACACCCCUGAGGUGCUGAAUGACACCUGUACCCGGUUAGAAAACAAUGCCUUUUGAAGGUUUCACUGCUCCAUUGUUCAAAAUGAAAGAAAAAAGCAGUAUCUCUAUUUGUGUAGUGUAUAUGACUGAUGUGUCUAUUUUAUUUGAAACCUUUAGAACCUGUAUGUGCUGUAUACAUAGCUGCUGCUGACCUCAGCCAUGCAUCAUUGUGACUAGACACUCUAGUCCUCUCCAGAGGAGAAAUGCCAAAUUCAAGUCUGCGUUUAUUUAGAAUGUCGGUGGUGACCUUUAGGUGAAAUGGCUUUUCUUUCAUUUUCUUUCAGAUGUAUCAGACAUCCAAAUUUAAAUGUGCAUCAUUUUUACAUCUUGUGAUUCAUUAUCAGAUAUGCAUGCUUGAUCUGGAGGCUUACAAGAGAGGAAACCAGGAGCCAGCACUUCAGGUUUAACGUUACAAAAUGUCGAAUGAAGGUUUAUUUCCUGUGCUAGCUUUGGUGUGAUAAAAUGUCCCUUUGUCAUUCUAAUUUGUAUUGCAUUCUCAGUUGGAAUAAAGACACAUUCACUAUUUAUCAGUUAUUCA